UUUGUAGUGAAAUGGGAAUGUCAAAAAACAUUAGUGUGUACGCAUUGGCUGGCGUUGUUUAUAUUUUCUGGUCGGAAUACGGAAUCCAAUCGCUUCAUAGAUAUCGUGUUCGAUGUAUAAGUUUGGAUUCCGACCACUAAGCAUGAGACUACAAUUCGUCCGCAAUAGCGUGUAUGAUAGACGCCAGCCAAGCCACAAAAUGCAGCAACGCUACGAUUACAAUCGGGAAUGGACGCUAACAACAAAAUCUGAGGCUAAUUCGGAAUCCAAAAUAAAGCUGCUAUCGUACAACAUACUCGCCCAGGACUUGCUCAUGGAACACUUCUUUCUCUAUGUCAAUAUCAAGCAGGAGUGGCUAACGUGGCGACAGCGUUUGCAGAAUAUCCAUCGCGAGAUUCACAAAUUGGAUCCGGAUAUACUCUGCUUGCAGGAGAUGCAAUACGAUCAUUUGCCCUUGCUGGUGCAGCGCUUGAUGGCCAGCAGUGGCAAGCGGUUGGAAUAUGUAUAUAAAAAGAAGACAGGCAGCCGCACCGAUGGCUGUGCCAUAAUAUACGAUUCCUGCAAGCUGCAGCUGCUAAAGGAGCACGCUAUAGAGCUCUACGAUCCAAAUGUCCCACUGCUAAAUCGAGAAAAUGUGGCUCUAUUAGCCAAAUUCCGAUUAAAACAAGCAAGUCCCGUCAGCGAUUUUACUAAAGAUAAUAAAGAAGUAAUUGUAGCCACAACACAUCUACUUUAUAAUCCACGACGUGCCGAUGUUCGCUGUGCGCAGUUGAGCAAGUUGCUCACGGAACUACGCUGCUUUGCCACAGACCCGGCUCAAAAUUUAACGCCCGUAAUUUUAACUGGAGACUUUAAUUCGGAAUUGCAUACGACACCCAUGCAGCUGCUAUUGAACAGAGAUGAGGAUCCUGCUGCACUCAACUUUGAAGCAUUACAUUUCGGUGACUACACGGCGUCAACAUUGCAAAACGAUUGGAUCACUGUCGACUAUAUUCUGCGCUCAGUCUGCCAGCAAAGCAAGCAGAAGUUGGAGACAUUAAGCGUGUAUCGAUUGCCAACCAUCAAUUGCUGUGCCAAAGUAGGCUUGAUACCUAAUCACUAUCUCGGCUCUGAUCAUUAUGCGCUUGGAGCUACCUUUGCUCUGGCCUAGCAUUUAUAUGUCUUUCCAACUUAAUAAUAAAUGCCACCAAAAUUUGUUGUACAUAA